AUGGCUACUGAGAUUGAUACUUCGCUAACGCGAAAAUUAUACUAUGCUAUCCCUCCUGCUAUUGCUGGUUUCGCUUAUGGAUGGGAAAAUGCUUCUAUGAGCGGUAUUCUUACCAUGACUCAGUUUUUGAGCUAUUUUGAUACCCCCUCUGCUUUUCGUCAGGGUAGUAUGACUGCAGCUUUACUGGCGGGUGAAUUUGGUGGUUCACUUCUUAUAGGCUUCUUGAUAUCUGACCGUCUUGGUCGGCGUAUUACGAUCUUGGUUUGUGUUUUGGUUUAUUUGAUAGGCCAGGCUAUUAUUGUUGCUUCGCAGAACCAGGCAAUGUUUAUUGCUGGACGUGUGGUUAAUGGUCUUGGAGCUGGUGGUUUAUUCCAAACAAUAUCCUUGUACACCGCUGAAAUCACCCCACCCCAAAUCCGCGGCAUGAUGACUUCCAUGAUGAGUCUUGGUAUUGCCAUGGGUCUCCUCGUCGCGUACUGGGUUCAAUACGGCGCCGCGAAUAUCGAAGGCAAUGCUGCUUGGCGCAUGUGCUUCAGUCUCCAACUCAUUCCCGGCGCUAUUGUCGGCGCAAUAAUGCUCUUUCGUCCUGAAUCCCCCCGUUGGUUGUUCCGACACGACCGCUCCGAAGAAGCACUUCAAGUCCUCGCAAACCUACACGCAAACGGCGACCAGAAUGCACCCGUCGUGCAAUCUGAGUAUGAAGAGAUCCGCGUCGUAGUCGAAUACGAGCGUGGAACACCUGCACCUUCUUAUCUAUCCCUUCUAGUGGAUAAGCAGUACCGACGCCGGACAGCGCUAGCAAUGGGUUUACAAUUCAUGCAGCAGAUUACAGGCGUGAAUAUCAUUUUAUAUUAUGCGGCGAAGGUCUUUGCGCAGACAGGUCGAACAGGAACACAGGCUGCCCUCCUUUCGAAUGGAAUUGAGUCUGCCUUGUUUCUUGUUGCUUCUUUUUCGUUAACGAUGCUUAUGGAUGUUUAUGGGCGGAGGAAACCUCUUAUUAUUGGCCCGGUGCUGAUGGGUAUUUGUAUGAUUAUUGUUGCGUCUAUGCUUGUGGGAUUUGGAUCUCCUUAUUUUGAUGCAAGCACGCAGGAGAUGAAGUUUUCUUUUGCUGAUACUUCGGCUGGGAAUACGGCUGUGGCGUUCAUGUUUCUUUACAUGGUCACUUUUGGUGCGAGUAUGGCGUCGCUUCCGUGGACUUAUCAGAAUGAGGUCUUUCCUAUUAAUGCGCGUGGGAGGGGGACUGCGUUGUCAACUUCUGUUAAUUGGUUUGUCAAUUUCUGGCUUGGGUUGUAUAUGCCUACUGCUUUGAAUGAGGGGUCUUGGAAAGUUUACUAUGUGUUUGGGGGGAUUAAUAUCGGCAUCUCGUUUGUGGUUUUCUUUUUCUUUCCGGAGACUUCGAGACGGACGUUGGAGGAGCUGGAUCUUCUUUUUACGCCUAAUCGGAAUAAGUUUGUAUUCUUGGAUAAGGAGGCGUGUCAGAAGGGAUCGCUUCUACAGCAUGGAUUGGAAUCUGGGGCUGAUGCUGCGAGGGAUUUGGAGACGGCACUUGUUAUGGGUGCUAUUGAGGGGGGUGAGAAGGAGAAGAAUAUGGCUUUACAUGAUGAGUAUGCGACAUGA